CCAAUAUCAGUGUAUAGCGCUCUCCAUACUACAACUGAAACCCUUCGAGUUACUAUGACAUAGAUUCGGUUAUUACUUCUUUUUCUUCUUCAAAACCAGCGGUUGAAUGAACAACUUUUUGUUUUUUUAGAAAAAGCAACAACAUUUAAACAUUUUCUAAUCUUCUUUUUUGAAACAACGUCAUCAGAUCAAGUGUUGCUAUACCAAGAAAAAAGCAAACAAAUGUUUGCCGCCCAGAAUAAAAGCAUAAAACCCUUAGAGAUUGAAGAAAGUCAAUCGUUUGAUACUAGUGAAUUAGGCAGAACUAUCAAUCGGAUAAAUGCCCUGCCUAUUAAUAUACAAGAUCAUGGUGAUCAUUGGAGACGAAUAAACGAUUUAGUUGAAACUUCUAAUCCACUUGUAUUAGAAGAUCAGUCAUCGAGACGCUUAUCCCAGAAAACAUCAAGAGGAUCCGAAGAAUUUCAAGAACUUGACAUUUUCGAUAGAUACACAGAAUUCGGUGGACUGAAAACUCAUGAGGGCGAAACGCCAAGAACAAAAGAAAUUGACACAGAAACUAAAACACCUGAAAGAUUGUUCAAUAAAAGGCCAGAUAGUAAAGCAGUCUUACACUCUGGUCAGUCAUUACGAAAGCAGUUAGCUUCUAUCAAGGAACAUGUAAAACCUCAACCAUUUCCAGACAGACAACUGUAUAUUUAUGUGAUCGCGGAUCCAACGGAUAUGCGAAUUGAACUUACUAAACUUCGUGUACAUGUUUGGCCUUAUUUACAACGUGUAUGUAAUGAACGUGGUUUCACUCUACACAUCAUUGAUGACAGUAUGGAUACUGAUAUUGAACCUCGACAUCAGUUGACGAUGACAUCGUAUGAUCUACCAGAAGACACUGAAUUGAAGCAACACUUGUCUAGAAGAGUUAAAGAAAACAAUUAUCUCAAUUGUUUAAUUUUACUAUCGAAUCGUUCAGUUGGUCCAAUUAUGCCAUUACCUGAUUGUCUAUCGAAUAGAUUAUUGAAACAAAUUAAAGACUCUGCUUUAGAAGAAAUUGAAGAUAUAAAAUCUGAGAUAGCCAUGCUGUCAGAUAAGCUACCUGGUUUCGAUAGCCCGCGUCUUCAACGUCGUCUAUCUAGAUAUUUAGAAUCACGAAAUUCGAUAAGAUCACAGUCAGAAGAAUUGAUGACCAAACAACCUUAUAUGCCAUCAAUAAAUGAAUCAGUGGCAAGCAAUAGAAUUCCUUUGAAAGUUUCUAACAUAACACCAGUACAACUGACACAGGUUGAAGAUGCAAUACGUCAUAAAAGUGAAAUUAUCAGAACGCUAAAUCCAGAUAUCUUGGAUAAAUGGUAUCGUCAAGAGUCUAAUUCCCAUCCAGAUAUGUCGUAUCUACAACCAGUAAGCCUUAUCUUACCUGGAAUCACAUUAUUUGACGAUCAGAAUCGACGUCAAGCUGAACUGAAAUCCUGGCUAAGUGACGCUCACCGAAUAAGAUGUUUACUUCUGAAAUUUUCUAAUCGUAAAGAAGUUACGAGUUCAUCGUCGUUUCGUUCAUCUGAAUUGGGAUUAUCUGCCCCAAAUACAGAAAGAAUUGAAACCAAAUCUGAGGCAGACAAAAUCUAUCCCCAUGAACCGAUGGAGACAACUUCUAUAUCUGACAGAAAAGCAAGUGGAACUAGUGAAUCGUUACCAGUGGAUAGUGAAUUAAGUUUCCAAUCUGAAGUUGAAAGGAAAACUGAAGUAGUUCUGCAAAACAGUGAAUCAAACUCAGACUGUUUUGUACAUAUACGCUGUCAUCAAGAAUCACAUUUACAAUCUACUGGUUAUGAUACAUCUUCUGCUGGUUGGCGAUCUCGUUCCUUAUCAAUGGCAUCAUGGUCAACUACAAAGACAAAUCCUAUUUCUACUUCUGCCAAUUCAACUGCAUCACUGAAAAAUGAUUUCCUUUUAAGUGGUAUCAAUGAAUCGUUAGUCAGGGCUAAAUAUCUUGUGAAUUGGGCAAGAUUAAGAGUUCAAGCGAAUAAUCAGUCGUAUUAUGAACUGGAAAAAUCUUCUCCUGUCACUAUGGAUGAUCAAAUCAAUUGUUCUCAGUCAUAUUUAGAUCCCAUCACCUUUCAAGAACAUGCUAUUUACUUAGAUGAUAUGUGUCGUAAUAUACGAAAUAAGUUUAGCCAAAGUUUAAUUGAAGAAAUGGACAGACGACACCAGAUUGAGAUAGACAAUGUGAAAAUGAACAAAAGGAAAGAUCUGCCACACUGGUGUACAGAAUUUGAAAUGUCAGCGCAUUUUGAAGCUAUGGAUAAUCUAUCUUUAGAAUGCAUUGCAAGAGAAGACAAAAUAACUCAAUUACUGGAGAUUAUUUCGAAGCAUACCAAAGAUUGUCAAGAGAUAGAUAUUCUUCAUAUGAACUACUUCAAAUUUAUUCAUGUGACUGGUGAAUCCGGCAGUGGGAAAUCAGUUCUGUUGGCUUCUUUAGCUAAAAGACUAAUCACAAAGCCGAUUGAAAUCUCUUCAAAUUUUAUUUAUCCACGAGUGAUUUACCGGAUGAUUGGAUCUUCUACAAUGUCAUUGAACUUACUGAAUCUGUUAAAUUAUCUGUGCUUAGAACUGUCCACACAAAUGACUGCAUCAACAAUACCUGAUACCUAUGAUGGACUUCGUAUAGCCUUGCGUACAGCUAUUACAGAAGCUACUUAUGAACAAUCAAUGAAACAGCCGUUGAUAAUUAUUUUGGAUGGUAUUGAAAACUUAGAAGAAUGUAAACAACGCAAAGACAAUUUCCCAAUUUCAUGGAUUCCGUUCACAUGGUUAAAAUAUAAGCCUGUUUUAAACUGUCCAGUUGUCUUCCUUCUGUCAACAACAAGUGCUCCUGUUGAAGUAGCUUCAUUUCACAGUAUUCUUCAAAACAAAAUCAAUCAGCAUACCUCAAAUAAUAAUGAUAAUCAUACCAAUACUACUACUACUACUGCUAACGAUGACUAUGUGUUGAUUCACUUGAGAGAACUUGAUAUACAGAGUAUGGAACAGUGUGUCAAAGCAUGGCUUCAUAUUCAAAGUGUUGAAACUAUCGUCAUCUCAAAACUCAAAGCCAUAAACAAGACAUUUCAACCACUUCAGCUUAAAAUACUUGUAAAGUUAUUGGAGAGUAGAAAUCAACAUGUGGACAGUUUGUUAAAACGUUCAGAGUCAUUGACAAGUGAACAAUUAUUCAAUUGUCUAUUGUCCUACGCUGAGUUAUACUAUGGACUUAGACGAGUACAGUUCAUUUUAGGCCAGCUGAUCAUAUCAAGAUGGGGUUUAAAUGAUGAAGAUUUGAUCACUUUAUUUUGGUCUUGGCUACCAUAUUCUAGUCAAUCGUUGAAAUCUUCUAAAUUGUUGCACAGUUCUCAAAAUCCAUCUAAUAUCAUGACAAAACCUCAUAGAAUGUCAAUACAAGGUAGUAAUAAUAAUAAUAGUGGUCUAGGUUUCUGGUCAAAUGACAAAUCAGAACGUGUUUACGUAACAAGGAAUUGGCUGUCUCGAUUUCUAAAUGAAUUCUUAAACCACUUAGGCAUUUUAACGCUUACUAGAUCUCCACCUUAUGGAUGUUAUCAAAUGUUUAAUUUACGUCAACAAUCAUUCCGUUACUGGUUAGAAUCGUAUUAUUUGAACAAUAAUAAUAACAAUAAUAAAAUCAUAUCUGAUUUUCAUAUCCUACAAACGAAUACAUUUUAUCUUCAACACAGACAAAUAUCGCCAUCGAUUGAUUCAAGGUUAAGCAGUGAAAGCAGGCAGUCGUUACAGUACUGUGUCCACUGGAGAUGGAUUCAUGAAGUCCCGUAUCAUUUAUCCAAAUUAGGUAGAUUACAACAGUUGAAACAAACUUGUUUUUGUAAUUCCCUUUGGUUAAAUUUAAAAGUACAGCUUAAUUUCUUCACAGAGUAUACUGCUCCAUGUGUACAGAACCUGUUAGACGAUAUUAUACUAUGUAUGUCAUGCAUACACGAUUACAACAAUGACCAACAAAUAGCAGAGAGUGAAACUGAGGUUCAGUCAACGUCUGAUGUAUAUAUUCAACAGUCAUUGAAACAGAUACACGAUAAUCCUGAUAUCUGGAUAAUUAUGAGUAUUUUAAUCCAAUGGAAACAUAAGUUAACUCGAGAUCCAUUCCUAUUGAAUACUAUACUGAUGAAUAGCAAUUUAGAAGAUUGUCUUCACUAUCAGCUAAUGAAGCCAGAUGAUGAUGGCAAUACUGAUCAAAAUACUUUAAAUUCAAAUAAGGCAGAAAAAGAAAUUAUGAUCCAGAAGUCGUUAACUUCACUUAUUGAAAGUAUUCAUCAACGCAACACAGCGUUGACUAAUACAAUAAUGAUACCCAGUUUGAUUAAUUUUAAACUACGCGCAUAUUUAUGUUCAAAUGAACAGUUGAUCGGCAGUCUGACUUCUAGAUCAUUGUCUAUGCCAGCUAGUGUAGGUUUGAGUUAUGUCAGGAAUAAGAUACAAAUCAAUGCAAUCGCCUAUUCUACAUCGAAUGAUAUACUGGCAAUAUCAACAAAAAAUUUAGAAAGUUGUAUAACAAAAUUAGAAAUAUGGAAUGUUUUGGAGAAUUAUCGAAUUUUGAGUAUUGUUCUGCCAUGUAGUAAUGUUCAAACAGUGAAUGAACUAGCAUGGAUUGCUACAAAUGAAGCAAUUUUAGGCAUUGAAACACCAAGUCAACGAGUUCUUGUCUGGCCUAUGCAAGUGAAUGGUAAUUUUACAAUAUCUGGUGAUUACUACUCACUUAUGGAAGAUUACACUCCUGCGGAUGUUUCAUUGCCUAGUGUCAAAGAAAACUGUAGUAUAUCUGUAGUUGAAACAGGUGAACAAGGUAUAGCUUAUAUUGUUAUACUACAACAAGGCGUCUGUAAAUUAUCUGUAUGGUUAUGGAAAGAAAGGUGUUUAACUCAAAUUUUCGGUCCAGUUAGCCUUGUUGAUAUACCGUCGCAAUCUGGUUUUCAGGCCGAAAAGUUAGAGCAUAAAGCUUUACGAUCAAUGAGUUUACCUAGUCCAGUUAAAUCAAACACCGAACUCUUUCUAACUACGAAUAUUAUUAUAGAAAGCAGAUUGCUUCAAAUUAUCUGUGCUGCAAGAGGUGAUUCACAUGCUACAAUGUUCAGCAUAAACUUGAAUAGUGAUCAUCAUUUCAAUUUGCUGCAAUCAUUGAAACAAAAAUGCCUGAAAUGUCCAAAUCAAGGUACACGUUUGUUAGGGAUCAGCAGUGGAUUAGGUAAACCGAUUGUCUUAGCCAGUAGAUCCCCAUCAAACAUUCUACCUGAUGAAAAUGUAAUCGGGUGCAUUGAUUUAUUUGAUCAAGUAACAGGAAACUACAUGAAGCGUAUUGAAUCAUCUUGUGACAAUGUAUUCACCCCAUUGGAGCCAUAUUCAAAAGUAUUUGGUUUGUUGAGUUAUUCAUCACCACCUAAACUGGAUAUUUAUAUCAAUCCUACAUUUGGCCAGAUAAUUACAGUUGUAGAGAAUUCUUCACGACGUGAAAGACGUAUCAAGCCGUCCAACAGUUAUCAUCAUCAUCAUCUUCAUAAUGAUCGUCAUUUUAAAGACGAGAAAGAUAAUCUAAGCAGCGGUUUGGAAGUUGUCCUAUGGGAUAUAAAUAAGUCAACAUCAAAUCUUCUGGAACCUGAAUAUUUAAUGCCUUAUUUAACACAUGAACAGUAUACAUUUAUAGCUCCGUUGGCUGUUUCAUUCAGAGAUAUAAAUCACUUGAGUAUGGUGAAACCAAUAUUAGAAGAUUAUGGUCAUUGUUUAAUCAAUUGUAAUCCAUUGGAAGCUUUAACAAACAAAUUAGCUAAACAUACUUCAAUCAAGGGACAAACAAAAGAUACAUGGGAAAUUAUAAGUUCACUUUGUAGGCUAGAAAAUACCAGUACCGAUUGUAUUGGAUUUAUAAAGUAUAAUUCUUCGGAUGCACAAAUUUCACUGGGUAUAAUUUAUGUAACAAAUGAUGGAAUGUCUGAUUCAGUGACUAGAAAAUACUUUCCAGUUAAACCUUUUGAAAAAGACCAGUGGCAUGGUAACGAUGUAUUUAUAUUCAAUGGACGUAUAUUGAUAACGCUUGAAAAGUUGGAAUAUUCUCCAGUUGUUGAAGAAUGCAAAGAAGUAUAUCAAAGAAUGGGCAUUUACGAAUUGAUUCAAACCUCCUCACUGAAUGAAUUCACUCUUCAACACCGUCGACACCUAUCUGACGUUUUCAUUAUACCAAGUGAAGUCAGUGAAUAUACAAUACUUGAACCUAUCGAUCAAGAUGGAACAUCUUAUCUAAUCGGUUUAAAUGAAACCAGAUCACAUUUUGUAGCCUACAGUUUAACAAAUGGUCAGAUUAUUUGGAGACUGAAACCAGAUUUCACAGUUUAUCAAGAAUAUAAUAACAGUAGAGCAGGUUCAUCAUGUGUAGUCAAUGAGUUGAGCAAUUCAAAGGAAGCCGCUACUUUCUUGAAUAAUACCACUGUUGAGAAGUUUUUGUUCAGUGGUAAUAAAAGUAUCAUGGUGGCAAGUUAUGGCCUAGAGUGUGCUUGUGUAUUUCUUCUCAGUAAACUACAACAUGUCGGUAAUUUGGAUGAAGCAUACGCUAUGCAGACACAGACCACCAGCUGUGAAAAUAUGCUGGAACAUCUGUCAGAUGCACCAAAUCUCACUGUCUCUGCCAUCUCCUAUGACGGUUGUUGGUUAGUCCAUUCGGAAUUUAGUCCAGUGGAACAAAGCACCUGCCUUACAGUCUGGUCACUCAUCAAUUUCCAUGACUGUAAUCCAAUACAACCUGGAGGAAAAGAGGAAGGGAGUGUACAAUGGAAUCGGAAACGUCUGUCAAAUCAGUCGAAUUUAAUUCAAGUGGGUAUUAGUGGAGUGAAUUGUGUAGUUGUUGGAGCAAGGCUUGAUUAUGGAAUUGCUUUAUGGUGUCCAUGUAAAGUCAGUAAUCCAUUACGCUUAAUGCAUAGUGAACGUUUAGAAUUUUCACAGGAUUUUCCACCAAUUCUACAAGUAUCUUAUGAUGGUACCAAAGUGAUUUCAGCUAGUGGAAGUAUUCGACGUGCACAAGUAUCAAUUUGGCAAGUGGAUCUGGACAAUUUCACUGAUUGUCUUAUUGGUCAUGUUUGUUGUUUAGAUGAUAUAAUAGAAUUAGAAUUCACACACGUGAAACAAUUAAUUGCAAUGAUUACAACUAAUUCAAAUGAACCGCGACUGGUUAAUCCUCAUUGGAUUACUUACAGUUAA